CUUCAGUUGAGUCUUCCUCGAAAAACUUACCAUAUUCAUUUCUAUUUUCUUGCUUAGGAAGAGCAGGGAAAAGAGGCUGCUUAGCCACAUGAUGGCUUGGACUUGUUUAGAUCCAUUUAUUUUGAGUUAAAAACUGAACUGUUGCUGUAUGAAAUAUAUAAUGUAUUUUAAACCACUUUGUUUUUGGAAAAAAUAAGAUUUUCUUGUUUUAGGUUUUCAUUAUUGUUGCAGUAUUGUAAAUAAUCCCCUAAUUGUUUAUUUUGCUUCUCUUUAUCUUCACCAGACAUUUCAGCUAUAACUAUCUCUGGAGUAGAUAGUUCCCAAAUAUCAUGUGAUAUUUAUCUAUAUUGUCCUUUUAAAAAUAUAGUCGCCUUUCUUUGUGGUCUAAUACUUGUUUUUUUCCUCCCCCAGGAGAUAUCGUUAUAGAUCCUAAAAAUAUUUUUUCCUCUUCUCUAUGGACUUAACAUAAAAUUAGUUUUGUUUGUAUUUGGAUUUAUUUUUUAAAUAUUAACACUGUAAAACCAUAUCAGUUACAAAAUAUCUGGGUAAACCAUGAGUUGUGGAAAAGAGUUUGUGGAAACAUUAAAAAAAAUUGAUUAUCCCAAAGCUGAUAUUCUUAACGGGGAAGAUUUUGACUGGUUAUUUGAGACUGUUGAAGAUGAAUCAUUUUUGAAGUGGUUUUGUGGGAAUGUAAAUGAACAGAACAUAUUGUCUGAAGAAGAAUUGGAAGCAUUUAGCAUUCUUCAAAAAUCAGGCAAGCCCAUCCUAGAAGGAGCAGCAUUGGAUGAAGUUCUUAAAACCUGUAAAACUUCUGAUUUGAAGACACCUAUCCUGGAUGACAAAGAGCUAGAGAAGUUAGAGGAUGAGAUUCAAACUCUGCAGAAAUUAAAGAACCUAAAAAUUCAGCGACGUAAUAAAUGCCAGUUGAUGGCUUCAGUAACUAGCCACAAGUCUCUGAGGUUAAAUGUUAAAGAAGCAGCAGCCACUAAAAAGCUGAAGCAGAGUCAAGGAAUUGUAAAUGCUAUGAAUACUAAGAUCGGUAAUGAACUUCAGGCUCUUACUGAUGGAGUUACAAAAUUGAUGAUGUUCUUCAGACAUUCUGAUUUGGGUCAAGGGAAAUAUCCACUGGUGUUUUUAUCUCAGUUUUCCUUGGAAAAAUAUCUAAGCCAAGAAGAGCAAAGCACAGCAGCAUUAACCUUGUAUACCAAAAAACAGUUCUUUCAGGGUAUACAUGAAGUAGUUGAAAGUUCAAAUGAAGAAAAUUUUCAGCUUGUAGAUAUACAGUCACCAUCUAUUUGUGAUAAUCAAGAAAUCCUUGAGGAGAGACGGCUAGAGAUGGCUAGGCUGCAGCUAGCAUACAUUUGUGCUCAACAUCAGUUAAUUCACUUGAAAGCAAGUAAUUUGAGCAUGAAGUCAAGUAUAAAAUGGGCAGAGGAGAAUCUUCAUAGCCUCACUAGCAAGGCUCUUGGCAAAGAUAAUUUGGAUGCUAAAAUUUCUGGUUUGAACAGUGAGAUUCUGAAACUUGAAGAACAAAUCACUCAUAUAAAAGACAAAAGUUUGCCUGCUGUGGUAAAAGAGAAUGCCCAGUUAUUGAAUAUGCCAGUUGUAAAGGGAGAUUUUGAGCUGCAGAUUGCUAAGCAAGACUAUUAUACAGCGAGACAACAGUUAGUUUUAAAUCAGUUGAUAAAACAAAAGGCAUCAUUUGAACUUCUACAGUUAUCAUAUGAAAUUGAAUUAAGAAAGCAUUGGGACGUAUAUCGUCAACUUGAAAAUUUGGUUCAAGAACUUAGUCAAAGUAAUAUGAUGCUCCACCAGCGAUUAGAAAUGCUAACAGACCCAUCAGUAUCUCAGCAGAUAAAUCCAAGGAACACCAUUGAUACCAAGGAUUAUUCUACUCAUAGGCUUUAUCAACUUUUAGAAGGAGAGAAUAAGAAAAAAGAAUUGUUUAUAACCCAUGAAAACCUGGAGGAAGUGGCUGAGAAAUUAAAACAGGAUGUUUCUUUAGUACAAGAUCAGUUGGCAGUAUCUGCUCAAGAACAUUCUUUCUUUCUAUCCAAACUGAAUAAUGAUGUGGACAUGCUUUGUGAUGCUUUGUAUCAAGGAGGAAAUCAGCUUUUGCUUAGUGAUCAGGAUUUUAUGAAAAUGGAAAAUUAUGAGGCAUUUGUAGGCUUUGAUCUCUGUAAGACACCACUCUCCAGUGUUGCUCAGAAGAUUAUGUCUGCUAUGCAUUCAGGUGAUUUAGUGGAGUCUAAGAAUUGGAGAGAGAGUGAAAAGACUGCAGAAGUGGUAAACAAGUCCAGUGUUAGGAAUUUAGUAGUACUUGAAGAUGGGAAGAAUCAAUCACUGGAAAAAAAGAAUCUUAAUUCUUUUACAAGCCAGACAUCAGGAUCUUCCAUCAAACUCUCUCCUCAGUCCUCCAGGAUCAGACUCACAGAUCAGCUGUCUACUGACCAAAAACAGAAGGACAUCAGCUCAUUGGCUCCUUCCAGUUGUUUAAUUCCACAGUGUAACCAGGAGGCUUCAGUUCUACAGAAGAUGGAACAUAAAAGAAAAUAUUUCCUAAAGGAAAAUAUAAAUAAUGAAAAUAAAGAAAGCAUGAAUCUUAAAAGAAAACAUAGUACAUAUAGUAAUUCAUCAGAGAAAACAAGUAAACAUAUGGCAUUGGAAGAAGAUGCUGAUGAAAUUGAAGCCUACCCAAAAUCUGGGAACUCAAGAGCAUUCAAAAACCAUUUUUGUGAUAUUAGGUAUUUGGAUGAUUUGGAGAAAAACCAGCUGAUUGAAAUGCUCAAACAGGCAGUAGCCUUGGUGGUAACUCUGAUAUAUAAGGAUGGUUCAACCCAGCUAAGAGCUGACCAGGCUCUAGUUUCCUCUGUUAAAGGAAUUGUGAUGUUACUACAGAGCCACGCAGAAGAAGGCAGUGGUCCUUUGGAUGCCUCAGCCUCUUCUGGUGUUCUGGAGGAAGGCUUCACACCCAGUGAUCAGUAUAUCUACAUAAAAACAGAGCACGCUUGUAUUUGGGGCCAAGAACAAGAGGCACAUAAUCAAUUUGCCAGGAACGUGCUGUUUCAAACACUGAAAUGUAAAUGUCCUGUUAUUUGUUUUAAUGCGAAGGAUUUUGUGAGAACCGUGCUGCAGUUUUUUGGUGAUGAUGGCAGUUGGAAGCAUGUUGCUGAUUUUGUAGGGCUAGAUCCCAGAAUUGCUGCAUGGCUUAUAGAUCCUAGUGAUACUGCGCCCUCUUUUGAAGAUUUAGUGGCAAAAUACUUUGAAAACUCCGUCACAGUUAAAGUGAGCAGCACAUAUGGAAAUUCCUCAAGAAAUAUUGUGAAUCAGAAUGUAUGUGCGAACCUGAGGAUACUCUACAGACUUACGAUGGGCCUUUGUUCUCAGUUGAAGAUUUAUGGUUUAUGGCAACUUUUUUGUAUUUUGGAGCUUCCUCUGAUACCAAUUUUGGCAGUCACAGUAAUGGAAAGCCACAACAUUCAGGUGAACAAAGAAGAAAUGGAGAGGACUUCAGCACUUCUUGGGUCUCGUCUCAAGGAAUUGGAGCAAGAAGCCCAUUUUGUUGCAGGAGAACAGUUUCUUAUAACAAGUAAUAAUCAGCUUCGAGAGAUCCUCUUUGGCAAGCUAAAGCUGCAUCUGCUGAGUCCAAGGGAGACUCUUCCCAAAACGGGGCUGCAGGGACACCUAUCCACGUCAGAAGCCAUGUUAAAUGCUCUACAAGACCUUCAUCCAUUACCCAAGAUAAUUUUGGAAUACAGGCAGGUUCACAAGAUCAAGUCAACCUUUGUAGAUGGAUUACUCGCUUGCAUGAAAAAGGGCUCCAUCUCCUCUACCUGGAAUCAGACUGGAACUGUGACUGGAAGACUCUCAGCCAAGCACCCUAAUAUCCAAGGUAUCUCCAAGCACCCAAUUCAAAUUACUAAACCUCAAAAUUUUAAAGGUAAGGAGGACGAAAUCCUCACCAUCUCCCCAAGGACCAUGUUUGUUUCAUCUGAAGGCCACACCUUCCUAGCAGCAGACUUUUCACAGAUUGAAUUGCGCAUUCUUGCACACUUAUCUGGGGAUCCAGAACUUUUGAAGUUAUUCCAGGAAUCUGAAAGAGAUGAUGUAUUUUCUACCCUGACUUCACAGUGGAAGGAAAUUCCCGCAGAAUGCGUGACGCAUAUGGACAGAGAGCAGACCAAGAAGGUGGUGUACUCUGUGGUCUACGGAGCAGGGAAAGAGCGGCUUGCUGCUUGCCUUGGAGUUACUGUUCAGGAAGCUGCCCGGUUUUUGGAGAGUUUUUUGCAGAAGUACAAGAAAAUCAAGGACUUUGCCCAAGCAGCUAUUACCCAGUGUCACCAGACAGGCUAUGUGGCGUCCAUUAUGGGCAGAAGGAGACCGCUGCCAAGGAUCCGUGCACGAGACCAGAAGCUCCGCGCACAAGCAGAGCGGCAGGCGGUGAACUUCGUGGUGCAAGGCUCAGCCGCGGACCUCUGUAAGAUGGCUAUGAUCCACAUCUUCGUUGCAGUAGCUACUUCCCCCACCCUGACAGCCAGGUUGGUUGCCCAAAUUCAUGAUGAGUUGCUGUUUGAAGUGGAAGAUUCACAGAUUCCUGAGUUUGCAGCUCUAGUCAGGGGAACCAUGGAGUCCUUGCAGCACGUGCCGGCAUUGGAGCUGCAGCUGCAGGUGAGGGGCAAGGAGUGGGGAGCCAAGCAGUCACGCUCAGCCCCGCCAGGCCUCCCCCAGCUGCACACUCACAGCCAGAGCUGCCCAGGUGGGAGAGGAGAGUCCACUCCCCAAGGGGCAAGAGAGCCAGGAUGGAGGGUGCAGCCCCAGCCUUGCCAGCAGCACCUGGCCCCGAGACAGCUGCCCUUCCCGACCUGCCCAGUCAAGGAGCCAAGUUACCCUGGGUGAUAAGGCGUGGCCCAUCUGCCUGGUGAGAAGCCACACUGGGUGUCCUCAGGGGCUGAGGGUGCUGGGCCAGGUGUCCCCUCGAGGCUUGGCAAGGUGUGUCAUCAAACCUCCACCCAGGGCCGCCCCCACCUGCCCCAGGUGCACCCCAGGGCUUGCUGAGCCCAGUCCCAGCCCCACUCCUGGCUGGUCACCUCUCGGAAGGGGCCCCAGGUCCUUGUGAGGAAAAGACUUCCGGAUCCAGGCCCCUCCAGGGUGGUGAGGAAGAUGGAGGAAUAACGAGAAGUGGGAGUCCUGGAAGCAUGUGCAGACCACCCGAGCGGGGCCAGAGAUGUUCCUGUCACCCAUCCCUGUCACUCGGGUGGAGGGCUCUGGCCCAGCAGGCACCUCAGAGCCACCCAGGAAGGGCUGCAGGAAAAGCUGGCUCUCCACUGCUCCCUUGGUGGUCUCCACUCUUCUGGUAAAGGCUCUCUCCUCCCACCUCGCUCUUCCCUCCAGCGGGUUGUGGCAACACUCUGUGCCCCUGGGGCCACUGCACGGGCAUCAACUUCCCCCCACAGACCCCUCACCUCAUCCUAUAGGCUGCAGCCUGGCAGGGUCAAGGAGCGCCCGCACGGGUCCAACCAGAGCUGGAAAUUCCUGUGUUCCAGGGUAGUCCGUGCUUGCUCCUGUGACAGGCAGAGACAUGGGGGCCCUGUGGUCCCUGGAAACCCAGGAAGCCCCACCCUACCCCACUAGUAGUCCUGAAGGCAGCAGGGUGGCAGGGGGCUGCAGCUAUGGGCAGCCUCCACCCUCCCUGGUGAGAGGAAGCUGUUAAGCUGUGGUCCAGGGCGUUGGGCAAAGGCCCACUCAAGAUCAGGGUCCCCGGGAGGACUCUCUAGCUCCCCUGGCACCUCUUGGAGCCAGCCAAUCCUCCAGGUGAGCGGGACCUCAAGGUGGUGAGCACAGGUAGGGACCUUGCCUGGCCUAGCUAGCACAGAGGCCCUGGCAGGUCAGGUGGGGGGCUUAGCCAAGGUCGAGGUGUUACGACUGGGGGGUAGAUGCAGUGUGAGCCUGUCUGCCUAUUACUGCGAGUGUGCGUGAGGGUACGUCUGUCCAUGGCAGUGUUGCUAUGGCUGUGUCUAAUCGUGUCUUUGGGGCAAGUGGCUGCCUGUGUACUGUGAGUCCCUGUCCACCUGCGUGUGGGCCUGGAAGGUGGC